GAGCGGCGCGGCAUGGCCACGCGCUUGCGGGCGGCUUCGUGUUGGGCGCUGCCAUCGUUCAAGGACGUCGCCCUGGAGUUCGCCCGCGAAGAAUGGCAGCUCCUGGAUCCUGCACAGAAGCGCCUGUACAGGGACGUGACCCUGGAGAACUACCGCAACCUGCUGGCUGUGGGGUAUCAUGGCACUAUGCCUGAGCUCGUGUUCAAGCUGGAGCGAGGAGAGGAGCCGUGCGCCGGAGGGGCCAGCCAGAGCUGCAUGGGUGAAGACUGGGGAGAAUGGCAGCAGAAGAAGCCAGAUGAACUGGAGAGCAUUGAGAGAAGAUACACUUGUAAUGCAUUCGGAAGACAUCAUCUGAGCAAAACCCACGCUUCCUCAAGACAAAGGUUGCAAAAGUGUAACAAACGUGGGAAAAGUUUGACACAAAACUCAGGUUCAAUCAGAAACUAUUUAAGAAAGCAUCCUGAUAAGUUUCGUGGAUAUGAAGAACCAUAUUUUCUAAAACAUCAAAGAGCUUAUAGUAUAGAAAAAAACUGUGUGUGCAGUGAAUGUGGGAAAGCUUUUCGCUGUAAAUCACAGCUUAUCGUACAUCUCAGAAUUCACACAGGAGAGAGACCAUAUGAAUGUGCUAAAUGCCAACGGGCCUUCAGUGCCAAGUCUAACCUCAACGCCCACCAGAGAGUGCACACGGGAGAAAAGCCCUACUCGUGCCGUGAGUGUGGGAAAGUCUUCUCCUUCAGGUCACAGCUCAUCGUCCAUCAGGAAGUUCACACGGGAGGGAAGCCUUACGGUUGUGGUGAGUGUGGGAAAGCCUACAGCUGGAAAUCACAGCUUACAUUACACCAGAGAAGUCACACAGGAGUAAAACCAUAUGAAUGUGGUGAAUGUGGGAAAGCCUUUAGUUUGAAGUCACCGUUCGUGGUGCACCAGAGGACUCAUACCGGAGUGAAACCGCAUAAGUGCAGUGAAUGCGGAAAGGCCUUCCGGAGUAAGUCAUACCUCCUUGUUCACAUCCGAAUGCACACAGGAGAGAAGCCCUAUCAGUGCGGUGACUGUGGAAAAGCCUUCAAUAUGAAGACACAGCUUGUUGUACAUCAGGGAAUUCACACAGGAAAUAACCCUUAUCAAUGUAGCGAAUGUGGGAAAGCCUUCGGCAGGAAGGAACAGCUCACUGCACACCUCAGAGCUCACGCGGGAGAGAAACCCUAUGGGUGCAGUGAGUGUGGAAAGGCCUUCAGCAGCAAGUCUUACCUCGUCAUACACAGGAGAACACACACAGGAGAGAGACCCUAUGAAUGUAGUUUUUGUGAGAGAGCCUUUUGUGGAAAAUCGCAGCUCAUCAUACAUCAGAGAACUCAUUCAACAGAGAAGCCCUACGAGUGCACCGAGUGUGAGAAGGCCUAUCCCCGGAAGGCGUCACUUCAGAUACACCAGAAAACUCACUCAGGAGAGAAGCCUUUUAAAUGCAGUGAGUGUGGAAAGGCCUUCACUCAGAAGUCGUCUCUCAGCGAACAUCAGAGAGUUCAUACAGGAGAGAAGCCAUGGAAGUGCUCCGAAUGUGGGAAGUCCUUCUGUUGGAAUUCAGGGCUUCGUAUACAUCGGAAAACUCACAAGUGAGAAGUCAGAUCCCGAAGCAUUCUCAUGGACGUUGGUCCUCAGGAGGUUUCAUGUGACGACGUGGAGACAAUGAGCAUGAAAAUGCACUCAUCAAGUAAGGCGCCUAAGAGGCAGACCAAUCAUUGGAGUGGGUGCAUGAGCUCUCAGAAGAGUCACACAGAUCUGUGCGGGCCGGAGAAGAGUGGAUGAUGGAGGACAGAACCUGUACCAAAUAGUGUCGUUAGGAAGGUUCAAUUCAGAACCUGUAUUUAUCCUUUUACUAAACCCAUAGCAAAAUGUGUUCUGUGGAGAGUCACAUUCCAGAUUUGAAACUGUUCCAGAGUGAAGAAAGUGUCAGUUGUAAGCAGUAGCCUUUUUCAUGGUGGAGUGUGAAGUUUCUCUUGAUGCGUAGAUAAGUGGAAUGGAACGCAUUCUGAGGGUUAUAUUUGGUGUGACUUUCCUGAGUAACACUAAACAGCAUUUUUAAAAAUUUGGUAUUUUAUUUUUAAUAUAAAUUACACAUUUAUUUGAUAGUUUGUGGAAUAACAGUCCCUGGUAUUCUCCAUGUUAAGUGGCAGUGCUGUCCCUCUGUCCCAGCAAUCUCAGUGAAACAACAUGACUUUUAGCAAAUGAAAGGAUGGCGUUCUCAUUCUUUCCCUUGGCCUCCGCUGGCGUUUAUUACAGACCUGCCCCGCAAGGGUCUGUGUAGCCGUCCAGGUCCUCGCUGAUGGGUGACCGCCCGCCUCUGGCUCUCAGCAUGUGUCCUGGGCCUUUCAGCUUGUUCUGUCCACAGACGCAGGUGAGUAUCAUGCCCACUCGGGUGCGGGCAACCUCUUUUCCCGGAUCCUGAGCCUGUCAUUCAGUCUAACGUCUGUCCCGGGAUUGUGCUGAGUCUACCAGGUAGUACCUGCUGUCGUGGGUUCCUGAGAUGCUGAUACCGCUGCUUCGUGAGCCUGGUUUUCUGGCCUUAUAUGUGCUUCCUCACCUUUUCAGUAAAAUACCUUUUCUGCUAAUGUUAAGAAGUUUCUAUUUCUUAUAAUCAGAAGGCUUUCAUUGAAAAAUUGUUUCUCGGAGCAGUGUGUAGGCAACAGACAGAGUAGGGUCUGAGACGAGAAGCAAUAGCUUCUUAUUCAUAUAGUAGCAUGGGAGCUUUUUUUGUCCACGGUACAAAACAGCUUUUGUUCACCAAAGCCUUGUGGGCCCUGGUAAGAUUCUGGGAGUGCUGACACACUAUUGCCAUAGCAGAAUUUCAGAUUUAUGAGGAACGUGGGGCAGGAGACAGGACGGUUACUUCUGAUCCUUUCGGCUCUUAGACACGACAAUAGACUGAAGCCCUGAAAUCUCAGCUGAAAGCAGAGUAUUAAACUUAGCGGUGAUCUCGGCAUCACAGAAAUAACUGGUAGCUGUAGUGUGGAGAUAGUGGGACCCAAACAGUAUAUCUGACUUGCUUAAAUUAAAAGUCAUCCACCUCAGAUACCCAGUAACCACGUAUGCAGACAGGCCGUGAGGUGGAAAAAGCUGUUACUUCAUAAUUCAAGCAAGGCUGUCUGAGAGAAUGAUAAGCCUAACAAGUUCGGAAGUGGUGUGGUCUUCACUCUGCGUGUCAGCCAUCGACAGACCACCACCCGAGGCAGCCUACAGCCUCUAUUUAUAAAUCUUUUUUACAUUUGUAAGAAGUUUUUACAUUUUUAAGAAGUUGAAAAUGGCCAAAACUAUUUCAUUGAAAUUAGUUAAAAAAAUGAUCCUGAGCCUGUCAUUCAGUCUAACGUGAAUCAAGGGAAAUGUGGCAACUCAUUGACUCCUGUCCCGGGAUUGUGCUGAGUCUACCAGGGAGUACCUGCUGUCGUGGGUUCCUGAGAUGCCGAUGUCAUUGUCCACUUUUGUACAAUAUUUUAUUUCUCCCCUUGGGUGUAGUCCCUACAGUUCCCCCACCACCACCACAUCACCAGUGAACCAGCUCCAUAGUCCCUUGCGCUCUUUGCUCCCAUUUUAAUCUCUCCCCUCCCCUGCUGUAUGCCUCAGAUCUAUAGUUGAGUUUUGGUGGUCAUGCUAGAGUUUUAAUGGAACCCAGCCAGCUGUAACGGUUUCUCUGCUGUUUAGCUGCUUGUGCACUACAGUGGUGAUAAGCUGGUGUGUGAACACUGUUACCCACGAGACCUCCCAACUCCGGGUCUGGAGCCUCUUCCCAAGUGGGUCAGGCCUGGAGGAGGACAAUUCUGCUGCUACCCUCCACCUCACCUUUGCUGAUUUAUGACUGCAGAGAAAUCCUCAUGAGAACACUGAGGAUUAGUAAGAUAUAAAAACUUCUGACACUUAGAAAGAUGACUUUUAAGGGUGGUCAGUCAAUGACAGUCUACUUACUUUGCUAGCACCAGAAGCAGUUACUGUUAUAGAAGUUAGCGCACUGGCUGAUGCAAGAUUAGAGAGUGCUGACCCAUGACACAGGAAGGGCAGGAGUCAGACUGUGGUGCGCAGAAGGAAGGCCUUGAGUGCUUUGUGACGCCAGCCGACCUGGAUCUGUGGCGUGUUCCCAAAACCGAACCCCUUCCACACAGUGCAGAGAAGUGUUAGUGAAGUUAGCAGCUGUUCUUCCCAGACUGGAAAUGUGAGCAGAAGCAGCUGUACUGCAUAUCCAUCACCUGUGUGCUUGGAGACUGCUGUUUAGUCACAAGACUGGUCACAAGAUUGGCCUUUAACUAGACUGGGUUGGUUUGGUUAACACUCGGAAACCAGGGUUGAUUUGGUGAUCAGGCCUCCAAUCAAUUUAUAGAUGCAAGCUCUUUUAGAAUGAAUUCACCCCAUUAAAGAUUUCAUAUGUAUUUAUUUAAAAAAAAUUAUACAAGAACAGGGGUACAGGCCAGAUGUGCGGGAGGGUGAGCAGAUUCAUCAGAAACAGCGGGGAACAGAACAGACAGACUGGCUGAAAUAUACUGCUGAGAGGAGCAGCGGAUGAGACAGGAGAGAUCUGCCAUGCCAUGUGGGUUUCUCCCCGGCCGGCCCGGAUUGAACCUGCACUGCAGAGGCUGCGGACAGCUGCUCAGCGCUGCGGUCAACCACCUGCACCAUCAGGGAGGCCCUUCAUAUGUAUUUGAAACCAAAAAUCUGAUGCAAUAGGAACUGAGUCAUGGCCCCAUGUACUGCAAAUAAAGUGUUCUUCGAAUUAACUUCAGGCCCUAACCUGUCACCUUGAGGGUGACUGAGAACAAACCCCUCGUGGCUGAGGAACACUGCCUCUGACCCUGUCAUGGUCAGGUACUGCUGCUGUGGCGCGAAGGACCUCAGUGGCGUGGCGAUCCAAGGCCAGCUCAUGAGUCUUGAGGGCUCUGGAAUCUCAUGUCUUUAUUUCACACACAUGGCUAGUACAGCAGCACCUUGCCAGUCUGUACCCGCCUCAGUGCAGAGCCCACUAACCCUCAGAGGGCAAGACCUAUCAUGUCCAGGGAUACUUAGUUUGCAGACCACACUUGAGGUAGCUGUGGUCUUCCCCUUAAGCUGUAACUGAAGGGGAAGUGUGGGAAGGCAGGAGGAAGGACAAGGAAAAAAGUAUUCAAAGAAGCAUGGCUGAAAACUUACGAAUUUAAUUACAAGCUUCUGUCUACACAUUGAAGCAGCUCAGUGGACUCCAAAGAGACCCACUGACAAAAGCAUCCCAUAAAAAUGCUGAAAUGCAAAGACCAGGAGAAAAUUUUGAGGACGAAAACAAGAACAGGCCUGCGAAAGCCUCCACAUUAGCAGCUGAGCUCAUCAGAAACAGUGGCCCAUCAAGCAGUGGAGGAACCUACUCCUGGGGGGAAAAAGUAAACCAGAAGUCCUCUGGCAAAGCUUUGUUUUAAUGUGGGUGAAAUAAAAAGCAUUUCCACAUGAAAAGUGAGACUUUGUUGCUAAUAGACCUGCCUCUCAAGGAGACCAGGAAGUUCUUCAUGCAGAGGGAGUAACCCCUAGUGGUAACUUGAUUUUUAUGGGAAGGAAAGAAGUACCAGUAAAGCUAAUUAUAAUGACACAAAUACAUCAUUGCCUUUUUUAAGUGAUUUAAAAGGCAAUUAUAUAAAAUAAUGCAUUGUUUGGUCUGUGACAUGUAGAAAUGGAACACUUGCCAACAGUACAAUGAAGGCAUAGCUUGGGAGCAAAACUGCUAGGCUAAGGAGAAGACCACCCAGGGCUGCUGGGAGCCACAGAAACCAGAGAGC